AUGACUCAGUCCCUUCCAAACCGAGGCAUUGGGUUUAUGAGAAUUGUAAUGUUCAUGAUCUUGGCUGGCCAACAACAAAGAGUUGUUAUAGAGAACAGCCAUGGUGAAAAGCUUGUAGGGAUAUUACAUGAAACUGGUUCCAAAGAGCUUGUUAUUUUGUGCCAUGGAUUUCAAUCUUCAAAGGAACGGAUACCAAUGGUAAACCUUGCUGCUGCUCUAGAGAAAGAAGGAAUCAGUACCUUCCGAUUCGACUUUGCCGGAAAUGGGGAAAGUGAAGGCUGGUUUCAAUAUGGUAACUACCGUAGAGAAGCUCAGGAUUUACGUUCUGUGGUCCAGCAUUUUCAGGGGGAGAAACGUGUGAUAAGUGCAGUUAUUGGACAUAGUAAAGGAGGAAAUGUGGUGCUCUUGUAUUCUUCCCAGUACAAUGAUGUCCAUACAGUGGUUAACAUUUCUGGCCGGUUUAACCUGGAGAGAGGCAUGGAAGCCCGCCUGGGUAAAGACUUUUUACAUAGACUCAAGCAACACGGAUAUAUAGAUGUCACUAAUAGAAAAGGAAAAUUCGAGUAUCGUGUGACCGAAGAAAGUUUGAAGGAUCGUUUAACUACUGAUAAUCAUAGAGUCUGCUUAUUGAUUCAACAAGAGUGCAGGGUGUUGACAGUUCAUGGAUCCAUGGAUAAAAUUGUUCCAGUUGAAGAUGCUUUGCAAUUUGCCAAGUUCAUACCAAAUCAUAAACUACACAUCAUGAAGGGAGCUGAUCAUGAAUAUACUUCACAUCAAGGCGAGUUAGCUUCAGUUGUAUUGGAUUUUCUGAGGGAAGAUUUUAAUGCAGAAAAAGACAUGCCUAAGCUACCAUUGAAGGAUCAUUCUUUUCGUUCUCGACUGUGA